UCUUGUGACUCGCACCAACAGACAGUCAUGGCAGGGUGGCAUUGCUUCGUCAUUCUCCUCGCAGCGCUCGUUCUCUCGUUCUCUUCGACGACUGCCCCGCCUGCCGCUGCUGCCGUCACUCUCGAUCCCUCGCAAGCGGCGGUGCUGGCGGAGUGUCAGAAAAAGUGGGGGCCGAAGGCGCAGCUGACCGGGUGGAGCAAGGGGGGGGAUUGCGCCCAGGUGAAGGGCGUGCGCUGCGAUGCCGCUGGCUUCAUUGUCUCCAUAAACGUCACUUAUCGGCCUCUCUUUGGUCCCCUUCCAGAUGCAGUGGGGAGCCUCACAACACUCACGGAACUGACGCUUACAAAAACAGGACUUUACGGCUCAAUCCCGUCGUCCCUGUUCGGUCUCACCAACCUCGUCACAUUAGAUCUCUAUGGCAAUUGGCUGUUUGGGCCCAUUCCAACAGCCAUUGGUGGCCUUGCUGCGCUCUCACACCUAGAUCUCAGUUGGAAUUGGCUGACAGGCUCCAUUCCAUCAGCUAUUGGUGGCCUUGUUUCCCUCUCAUUCCUGGACCUAAGCAAGAACACCCGCAUCAACGGAACCAUUCCCCUGGAGAUGGAAAGCCUCACCAACCUCAGAUCCUUAGCUCUCAGCUUUAUGGGUUUAACGGGUCCCUUUCCAUCCUGGAUAUCUGGUCGCACUACACUCACCUACAUAGACGUUGUUGGCAACAGGUUUGUUGGAAGCAUUCCAGAGUCCAUUGGCAGUGCCAUCAACCUCAAAGUCUUCUCUGUGUGGCACAAUCAGCUCACAGGCAGCAUUCCAGAGUCCUUCGGCAGCCUCACCAAACUCAACAGCGUGGAUUUGUCUGAUAACCUGUUUGUUGGUACCAUCCCGGAGGGCAUUGGCAACAUGAAGUAUAUAACCUCAUUAACGGAGUCGCUGCUUCCGUUGCCAUGGCUCCGUGUCAUCAACGUGUGCCCAGUGCGCCAUGAAAUCACAGGGACCUCUCUAACAACCUUUUGACCGGCACAAUCCCCAGUAGCCUGUCUCGUCUCACUGACCUGCAAGAGCUGUUCCUAAAUGAGAACAAGCUGAAUGAGUCCCUUCCUGCCUGGAUUGCAAUGUUGUCCAACAUUGUAGCACUUGAUGUCAGUGGGAACGAGUUGUCCGGGCCUCUACCUGCCGCUCUUGGCAGUUUGACGGGUCUCAGCUUUCUCGACAUCUCAUCCUCUGGUCUCACGUGUCCUCCAGAUACUGCCAGCUGUGUGGUUCGCCAAUCCAAUGAAAGCGCCUUUUGCUCAAAGUGCAAGAGCUUUUGUGACACAUGUACAUCAGAUGAAGCAGCCCUGUCACCUCGGCCAGCACCCCCGGCACCUCCUUCCUCGCCCUCGUCCUCUUCCCACUACGACCUGUCCAUUGGAGCUGUCAUCGGCAUUGUGGCGGGAGCCAUCUUCGUCCUGCUUGUCUUGCUCGGUUCUGCUUGGUGGACUGUUGGACGGCGCAAAGCAUCUGAUGGAGUAUCGUCAGUCCCCAGCUUGCAAAAUGCACCCACACUGUGCCAGAAGUACCCCUGGCUGUUGUCGUUCGCGCCACAGGCAACUGGUCCAAGGACAAGCUACUUGGGUCGGGGUCGUUCGGAGACGUGUAUCGCGGGGUGUGCCCUGAUGAUGGCACCACGCUGUGGGCAGUGAAGCGAGCCAAAUUCAUCAGCGCUGACUUCCACAGAGAGGUGGCUCAGAUGGCCACGAAGCACCAUCCUAAUUUGGUGCGGCUGCUGGGUUUUGCAGUGGGUGGGGAUGUGAACACGCGGGUGGAGAAUGUUCUCAUCUACGAGUUCAUUCCCAAUGGCGACCUGCAGAGGUGGAUCGGCCAAGAUGCCCCCACGAAUCUGACUCUGCAGCAGCGGGUAGACAUUCUCAUAGGGGCUGCACGUGGCUUGGAGUAUCUCACAGCUUUGGCAUUGUGCAUCGCGACAUCAAGCCAGCCAACAUCCUCAUCGAUGCCGACAUGCAGGCUAAGGUGGCAGACUUUGGACUGGUGCGUGUGGGAGAGGGCACUACAAUGGGCUACACGCGAGUGCUUGGAACAGCAGGCUAUGUGGACCCCGCUUACUCCAGAACACACAACGCCACCACCGCGGCUGAUGUUUACAGCUUUGGCAUUCUAAUGCUGGUGAUGCUGUCAGGCAGAGGAGCCACAAUCAAUGAAAUCAACCCGCGCAAUGAAUCAGACAACCCUGGCGACCGAUCACCAAUUUCCAUUUCCAAAUGGGCAACUCAUCUCAUGGCUAAUGAAAUGACAUCACUUCUUGGGGACCCCAGCUUGGCAGCACCUGAUGACAUCAUCAAGCGCAUUACCCAGCUGGCUGUGAGCUGCACUGCUAUGCCCACUGCCUCCCGCCCCUCCAUGCUUCGAGUGGUCCAAGACUUGGAGGCUUUGAGGGAGGAAGUGGGAGGCGGGGAUGCGAGGGCGAGAGUGUCGGCAAGGAUUGAUGCGAUGUUGGUGAGCCAGGAGUCUAGGAGAAGUAUGGAGGAGGAUCUUGCAUUGGUGGCAGAGCAGUUCGCUGACACGGGCACAGUUAUAGCUAGGGUCCCGAGCCAUCCGGAGAGCACUGACUCCAGUGCAAUGGCAGAUGAAGGGGUCUCCUGAUUACCGUAAUCCCCUGUACAUAACACCCUAUGGUGUAUAUAAAAAUUCACUAAAAAA